GCAAUAAUAAAACAAAUAAAGCAGCUGCGUGUGCAUUUUAAUCAAAUAAACACGAAGAGCGGUCGCAAGGAAGGCGAUAAAAAAGAAAACAAAAGAAACGGUACGAGGCGAAGGCGAGGAGAGAGGAGAAGCAAAAAAGAUACCGCGAAAAGUCGUAAAGAAAAGAUAAAUAAUACUUAGGAGUAAGAAAAGUAGGAGAAGAAGCACUGCCAGUGGAAGACGAACUCAGCAAGACAUCCUUGAACUAGCAUUACCACCAUCCGGGGCAGGAACAGGCGCGGCAUCAUCAUGUUGCCGCAGCAGUACUGCCUGAGAUGGAAGUACCAUCAUAGCAAUCUACAGACCAUGUUCUCGCAGCUCCUGGAUCGAGGUUGCUUCUGCGAUGUGACCCUGGCCUGCGAGGGUCAAUUGAUUCGAGCCCAUCGCGUGGUCCUUUGCGCCUGCAGCACCUUCUUUGACACGGUGCUCUCGAAUUAUGCCAGCGAAAGGGAUCCAAUAAUCAUCAUGAAGGAUGUCACCUUUGCAGAGGUCAAGUGCCUGAUUGAGUUCAUGUACAAGGGCGAGAUCAAUGUGGAGCAUGCUAGUCUCCCCUCGCUGCUAAAGACCGCCGAUGACCUUAAGAUCAAGGGCCUGGCCGAGGUAACUUGGCGAGAUGAUGAGGACGGUCCACCGCCUCCCAUGGCCGCUGCUGAAUUCCAUUCACCGCCGCGUGGUUUGGCAGAGAGCUUUGCCCAGGACCUGCUUCUCCAACAGCAGCAGCAACAACAGGGAGCUUCGUCGCAUCUGCACAGCUCCAAUCUGAUGGAUCGAGAGCGAGAGAGGGAGCGCGAUAGGCUAUCAUCGCCUGGCAUGGAGAGUGUGCUGGGCCGCAUGCCCGUGAUGACACCCCAUCCGGGAGCAGCUAACCCUGGUGGAGUUGGAGGGGGAACGAUAGGUGGCGGUUCGUCCUUGGAGGGCACAGCACCCGUGGAGCACUAUCUGGGACCCAAACGCAAGCGAGGACGUCCGCCACUAGACGAUGCCUACGACGUGUUCAAUGUCCGCAAGCUGGCCCAGUAUGCCGCCAACCUGGAGCCCGCUCAGCGCGCCUAUUUGGAGACAGCUCGACAUUUUGCUGAGGAGCCCCCCAUGGUGGCCCAUUCCGCCUCGCUGGCCUCCCCGCCAGCUGCCUGCCCGCCCAAACAGCGCCAGCGCCUGCGCAAUCAACAACAACAACAGCAGCAACAGCAGCAGCAGCUUCUCCAGUCGGAGGCUACUGAGCAGGAGGCGAGAGUUGGCCAGGAAUGGGCCCAGACAAAUGAAGAGUCACGUCGCAGACCCACCACCCCCAUGAUCACCACCGAUAGCAGCGGCGACAACAAACAGGAACCGGAGGCCACCGUUGGUACCGAUGAGUUGGAUCCAGAAGUUCUCACUUCCAGCGGUGUCAACGCCAAGAAGCCGGAGAAGGUUAACGAGCGACGUGAGCGUCAUGGCAAGCUGCGUCAUGCUCGACGACUUUACGAGAAAUCAACGUCGUCGUCAUCGUCAGCGGGACAGGAUGGUCCCGUUUCCUCAGAGACGAAGAAGGAGAGUUCAGGCGUUGUUACCCUGCCGCAGUCGGUGGAGGAGAUUGAGAAUGAGCAUUUGGUGGCGAACAGAGGUGAAUCACCGCGCCCUGCCGCCUCCCUUUUACCAACCAGCAUUGCUGCCUGCAGUUAUGAGGCCGGAGCAGGAGGAGGAGGUGGUAGUGGUGGUGGUGGGAGCAGUGGAUCCGGCUCCUCUUCCUCCGGCUAUUUGAUCAACGAACACGGCAUAAUAAUGGCUCACGAGUUUGCCCCUAAUGCUGCGGCUAGUGCAGCAGCAGCCGCCACAGCUGCCGUUGCCGUGGCAGCUGCUGCAGCUGUGGCAGUGGCCGCCAGUGCAUCGGCUGCCUCCUCAUCAUCAACAUCAGCCGGCGGUAGCCAACAAGAGUCCGGCGGUGAUUAUCCAGACAUUAAGUUAGAGGAUUACGAUGCCGCUGAGCUGCGGCUGACGAACGAGGAGCUGUCGCAGUGGCAGGAUGUCAUCAAAAUGGACGACUAUCUGGCCAAGGGCCGGCGUCCCCAGUUCUGGGAGGAACCUUUCACCAAGCGUGUAUUGGAUGCCAUUAAAAACAAAAGACUUGAGAUGAAGAAGGCCGCCCGCAUUCUAGGCGUUUCCUAUGGCACAUUGUACGGACGUUACCGUGAGGUCUACGGCUGCUUGAAGCAUCCAUACAGUGGCACGGCAUUCCGCAAUUCUGGCUCCUCGUCCGCUGCCAGCCAGCUGGGAGGAGUGCAGCCUCGCUUCGAUUUGGGAUUCCGCAAUGGCGGCGUCCUGCCCGCCCAGCUGGUUCAAACCAAUUCCUACUUACAGAGCUGGGCAAGGUGAAGAAGGAUGUGAGCGAGCUCUGGACAAGGCCGCAGAUUUGAGGGCCAGCCAUGAAAAGGAAGGCCAAGAAGGAGCAGCGACGCCGCCGGAUGAUCUAGGGAUCUACGAGUGGAUGGGAGUUGAGAAAAGACAGCUAAGAGCAGGCUAGUUUAAGAUACGGAUAAUCGAGAACCCGCAAAGGGGGAACCUUUCCAGAAGAGAGUACCCAACUUUUUUUUUCCAUUCGUUGUUUUCUUAUUAAAACUGAUCUUGUACGCGCAUAAGGAUCUUAAAAUAUACAUUAAAUAAUAUAAUAAUAAUAAAAAUAAUACAAUUUAAUAUAUGUCUAUAUACGAACCGCGGAUUAGUUAAAUGACCUAAUUAUAUAUAUAUAUAUAUAUAUAUGAAUACACAGACACACAAACGGUAUUGAUUGGCAUUCAAUGUGAAUGAGAUACAAAGAUAAAUACAUAAAAUAUAAAUACAUUUUCUUUUUGGUAGUGAAAAUUUUGAAUAAAUGAAAGAAAAACAAGAACUAUAAAUAAUGGAAUCUAGUUAAUCGCGAUAACAAAACACUGACGAUGAUGUGAAUUUUUUGAUAAGCUAAUGCAAACGAACACAAAUAAUAUGUAUUACAUACA